AUGUAUAAUCUGAAUGCGCAUUUAGGAGGAGCAGCAAGCAGAAUUCGAUCUUCAGCUGCAAAUUCAGCAACAGUUGGCCGGAAUUGGCCCUCAGCUGCCGUCAUCUCAUACGCAAGAGGAACGGAUACUGCUCCGAAACGUCUUCACGUUUCUAAUAUUCCGUUUCGCUUUCGUGAUCCAGACUUGAGGAUGAUGUUCGAGAGGUUCGGCCCUGUCAUGGAUGUAGAAAUCAUAUUUAAUGAAAGGGGAAGUAAAUUGUAUAUCUCGUUUGAGUUCUAUGUGAAUCUAAUUGAGGGGUUUGGUUUUGUAACAAUGGAGAAAGCUGCAGAUGCCGAAAAGGCUAGACAAGAACUUCACGGAUCCAUGGUAGAGGGGAGAAAAGUGGAAGUGAAUUGUGCGACUGCUCGAAUUCACUCGAAAAAAGUCAAAGCGUUGCCUGAUUCAGCACUGAAUUUGAAUGAGGUUAUGCUCACUGUCCUUGAUAGCGUUUAUUCAGGUGUCUUGGACCAAGCAAUGACUGCUUCUGCAUUGCAGAAUGCCGCUAUUGCUCAAGCUCAGGUGACACGGGCUUUGUACAUGCGGAAUCCAUUGGUGGCGCAAUCGCUAUUGGCCAGAGGUGGAAUAUUGGCUGGUUUGCCACAGUCGCCAGUACCUCUUUCGAUUGCCGCGAAUUCACUUACUGCAGCUCAACUACAAGGGCAGCAACUACUUUUAGGAGCUGCUGGUUUUCAGCAGAAUGCAGCUCUUCAACAAGCUGCAUUUGCUUCGGCAGAUCCAGCAACUGCUGCUUUGUUAACCGAACAGGCUCGACUUCAAUUAGCUGCCGCUGCUCAAGCGCGUAUUCCCACUUCGGCAGGUACUCUUGGUGAGCAAUACCUUGGACAAGCUCUCACUGCUGCCCUUCCUGCCUAUCCUAUCAAUCAGGCGUAUCGGGGCAUCAAUCGCUUCGCGCCCUAUUAG